AUGACACGCACCUUCGCGCAAAGCCGCGGCGUCGUCGAGCCAUUCGGCAGCGACACCCCCUUCGCAGAGCCAGCAUGGUAUAAUUCCCUAGCAUCACCAUAUUACAACGACAGCCAUCGAGCGCUGAGAAAAUACGUCCGCGAGUACGUCGAGAAAAACAUCGAACCGUACGCAGAGCAAUGGGAGGAAGAGGGAGCCGUGCCGCCUGAGGCUACUUUGAAAUUCAUCAAGGCCGGACUGGUCUUUUAG